AUGAAUGUCGCAAAUGGCAGUGCCAGCGGCCGACGCACCACCUCGUCCAGCCAGCCGACCGCCUCCGCCAGCCGCGUUAAGGAGGCAACCCCACGGACGAACAUCCACACGUGCGCUACACCGUUCGGCCAAUCUUCCAGCAGCCACGACCGGGUCUCGCCUGGCGGCAAAGCGACAGUCCAUUUCUGCACCUGGAGGGAUCCACGAAGAAGAACUGCGAGGUUCCGAGACCGACAGGCUGCUCGGAAAGAUCUGAUCAUGACCAGGCCGAAGUUCAACGUCAUGAACACGGACUAA